AUGGUAGAACCAGAGUUUUAUGUUAAGUAGCAAAUAAUAAGAAUUAGAGCUACAUUGAUUGUCAUUUAGUUAAUUAUCACAAAUUUUUAGUUUAAUUUACAAUUAUAAAACCAAUUAAUUAUUAAGCUAAAUAAAUAGCAAUAUUUGAGAAAGAAGUAGAAUAAAUAAAUACACAAAUAUUAUUUAAUCUAACAACUAGGGACUUUCAUUUUUUACAAAAUAAUCCUACUCACUAAGCGAUAGGAAUUAAAUACCAGAAAUUUUGGUUAAAUUUUGAUUAUGAUGAGUUAAGAGUAAAUUUAAAAGAAUAUGGAAAAGAAAAAUAAUGAUUAAAGUAAAUUUAUUCAAAGCAUAACAGGAUUAGAAGAGUCUGCAAAUUGUUCCAGAGAAGGAGUUCCAUUCAUUAAAAACUUUGAUGAGAUGCCUUUAUAAGGAGUUAAAAAGAGACGUAAGCUAUUUUCCAUGGAUGAGGAUAGAUUUGAAUUGGAGAAAAGGAACUUAAAACAAACAGAAAUUGAUAUUUAAUCUGAUUAAUAAGAAAGCAAGAUAUUAAAAGAAGGUUCAAAAAGAUCCAUUUCAAACUCCUAAGCAAAUCUAGAAAUGUCAUAACAUAUAAUAAAAGCCUCCUUGAAAAACAUUUAAUUAUAGAAGAUUGAUGAUGAUGCUUUACUUAAAUAAGAGGAGAAAAAAAAUAUUAAUCACAAUAAACAAAAAGCAUAAAGUGAAAAGUAGAAUUAUAGCUCGUAAUACUCUAGAUCUGAACUAGAAAAUAGUAAAAAUGAUGAUGUAUCAAUAGAAGAAACGCACAAAAGAAAUUCAAAAUCAAAUAGUAAUGUGUAAGACCAAGAAGGUGAUAAUGAAACAUUUGAAGAUUCAGAGGAGGAAGAAGACGAAGAAGAUUCAUAUGCUGCAAUGAGUGAGGAUUAAUAGAAACAGAUUCAGCAAAUAGAAAAAUUAUUAGAUCUACAAUCAAAUAUAAAAAAACGUGGUAAAAAGUCAAAAUAUGCUUUAUAAAAUACUAGCGCAAUGAUGACUUUCAAUAAUGAAUAAUAAAAAAAGACAGAAACAAACACUGAACUUAAAAAAGCUUCUACUUUGACAACUAAAGAAGGUGCUAAUAAAUAAUGGAAAGAACUUUUAAUUUUAAGUAGGGUAAAAAAAUUUGUUUACAAAAUAAAAUAAUAUUAAAUGUUCAGUAAAUUUAGCAAUCUCAACACAACUUAGCUCAAAUGCAUUGGUGAUUAAAGCUAUGAUACUUAAUAAUUCCUAACUAAAAGAAAGUAAUCUAUGAUUCUAAAUACUCACCAAGCAAAGUUCCUUAAGUUUUUUGUGUGUUUUUUUUAAGGCUUGAAAGUAUUAAAUAUUUUCUCUUCAUUUUCUGUAAUAACUCCAAAUACAAAUUUCGCCCUGAUAUGGAACAUAGUACUAUUUUUCACUAUUACUAUGUAAAACAUUUGUAUUCCUCUUAGAAUGUCGUUUGGUUUAGAUUAUAUGCAUGAGAUUAAUUUCUACAUUCUCUAUCUUAUACCUUCUAUUAUUAUGAACUUAGAUUUAAUUCUCAAUUUUUUUACAGCUUUCUAUGACCAAGGUGUCUUAGUAACAAACAAGAAGAAGAUCAUGAAAAACUAUUUUUAAAUGUAAUUUUGGAUAGAUUUUGUUACAAACUUUUCAUUUGUUCUGAUUGUAACUAACCAAUCAUUUUUUUUAGUUGACUGGAUAUUCAUGAUCAAAAUUCUGUAAAUUCCUGAUUAUUUGAACAAAAUUGACGAGCACUUUUAAUUAGAAUAAAGGUUUAACACAAUAUUCUAACUAGCAAAGCUAUUUAUACUCAAUUUUUUUAUGGCUCAUUACAUUUGUUGUGGUUUUCAUUAUGUUGCUGUAUAGGAAAUAAAAAGUGGAUAAAGUGGUACUUGGAUUGAUUCGCUGCAACUUAGUAACCCCAAUGAUUAUUACACACGCUAUAUUAAUAGUAUUUAUUUUUCAUUUAUCACUAUGAUUACUGUUGGAUAUGGAGAUAUAACACCAAAAACGAACUAUGAAAAGAUAUAUGUUACAGUUGUUAUUUCAUUAAGUUGCGGACUUUUUGGAUAUUCAAUAAAUACUAUUGGUUCUAUUUUCUAAGAAAAAUCAAGAAGAGAAUAAAAUUUUAGAAGCAUAAAGUUUAGUAUUACUAAUUAUAUGAGAAAAAGAAACAUUUCAAGAAAUUUGUAACAUUUGGUACUUAAGAAUUUGGAAUAUAAAAAUUAAAUUGAAACAUGUGGGGAUUUGAAUGGAGAAUAAAUUUUAAACACAUUGAAUGAAUAAUUAAAAAAUGAUGUAAAAGAGGAGUAUUUCUUUAAAAUUUUAAACGAAGCUAAGCUAUUUCGCUUAAAUUUUUCUCGUGAUUGUUUGAAAAAGUUAGCCUUAAAAAUGAGAGAGUAGCUUAUAUCGCCAGGAGAAAUAAUCUAUAAAGAAAAUACUUUUAAUGGAAAUAUUUAUUUCCUAAUUAAUGGAUAAAUCGAAUUUUAUUUUGAAAAUAAAAAUAGUAAAAAAUCUCAUAUUUUAUCAUCAAUCAAACAUUAUUAAAAUGGAUCAAUUUUUAAUUAAAUGGGAUUUUUUUGUAAUUUUACAACUUCUUCAAAUGCUAGAGCAGCUAAGACAGCUACAAGUUUAUGCUAUGUUUCUUAUGAAGACUUUAAAUAAGUUUUGUAAGAAUAUCCUUUGGAUUAUGAAGCACUAUGCAAAAUUAAAGACAAUCUUAGCAUUUAUUCUAGGAUGAAUGAUAUACUGUGCUUCAGCUGUAACAAUUAUGGACACUUUAGUAACGAAUGUCCUAAGUAUUUUCCUAUAAAUUUCCAAUAAAGCAAAAUUCUUUACAUAUAUGAUUAAACAGAGGCUAACUAAAGAAAACUUUAAGUCAGAUUGAGAAACUUUAAAUGUAAUUCUGUUUAGCUAAUACAACCGUUUAGAUCCAGAUUAGUUAAGUAUAGAAUGGAUGUUAUGCAAUUAUUAACACAAUAAGUAAAUCAAAGUAAUUUUGAAACUCAAGGAUCUCGAUAGAGUGUAAGUGACAAGAGAUUUACAAAAUAAAUGGUUAAAUUUAAGUAUGAUAAUUCCUGUGAUUAAUAUGUUGAAAUGCCUUCCUCUGAUGAGGAUUACUAUCAAUGCGAAGACGAGGAUGACGAUGAGGAUGAAGAUGACGAAGAUUAUGAACUUGAACUUGAAGAAUAUUAAAAAUCGUAAAUAAGUAAAAUGAGUGAAGCCGUUAAAGAUACAGAAAAUAAUGAUUAUGAAAUUAAAAGCAGCUUUAGGAGAAUAGCUGCUGAUGAAGAUAGCAGACUUUAAGCUGAAUAUCAUAAAGACAUAUACUCUAAGAAUGAUAGAAAUUAAAUGGAUGCAAAGUCAGACUUUUAAACUUAAACGCAAACUGAAAAACUUGGAUCAUACUAAGAUUCAUUUUAAGAGAAAAAGAUAAGUACCAAUAAUGCAUUUACAAAUGAAAGUGAUAUGGAUCCUAAGUCGCAUGUAACAAAUACUCCUACACUCCACAAAAGAGAACUAGAUUCGAGAAAAAAUUCUAAUUACACUUCAAUAUCUAAAAAUACAAAAUAUAGAGAAAGUAGAGAAGGUGAUGAUAGUUACUUAAAAAGACGUCAUAGUAAUUUAAUCUACGAAGAAAAAAGUAAAGUUUCAGAGGAGGAUUAUGACCAAGAUGAGGAUGAGGAUGAAGAUGAUGAGAGAUAUGAUUCAUAUUAAGACAACGAAAAAGAUUAAAAAUCAGAAUAUAUUUUAACACUCCUUCAACAAAACUAAGUUUAAAGAAGCAACAGUGCUUCUAGCUCAAAGAAAAAUAUUUAAACAUCAUCAAAUAAAUAGGCAUUAAAGAAUGGCUCUAGAAGCGAAAUGAAUAGUCUUUAUUAGGAUAAGCAAGAAUCCUUAUAUAAUAACAAUAACACGAGAAGUAUAGUCUCAAUUACUAAGUAAGCAUCUAAUAUUAGCUAAGGAGGAGGCAGAAAUUCAGCAUUAGGUAUGAAGAAAAAAAUGACUCAAUAAAUAUCGUCCAGUAUAAGAAAUUCCUCAAAGCAGUUAUCUAUUAACAUGAAGUAAGGUACCCUAGACUAUCUAAACAGUGUUCAUUUUAGCAUAAAUAACUAAUCUGAGUAUGAAAAAACCUUUAAGUCCUAAUCCUCCAUGGAUCCUGUGUAAUAUAAAGCCUCGUAAUAAAACUUUAGUAGUACUGCCUGCAUAAGAGCAAAGUCUCAUACAGGAGGAGCAUUAGUUAAUUCUAUGCAAGAAGUUUAAAAAUCUAAAAGUAAUAAAAAUUUGAAUAAUGCCGCUAACGAAAAUACUAAGCCUUCGAUGAAAAGAAUGUAAACAGUUUCAGAAAGGCAUAGUAAAUUAAUGAAGGAUCCUUUGAGUUCGAGAAUUCCUCUAUAUGAUGAAGGAUUUUCUGCAAUAAAAGAAUUUGAAGUGUAUUUCCCAAUUAACAAUUUAAAAAGUGUAAUGAAAAAAUUAAAAUUAUAUCAACUAAAGACAAUUAUUUAGUUGAAAAAAGAGUAGCCAAAGAAAAAGAAAGCUAAAGCCAAAAGAAAAAUUAAGAAUUCAGAAUCCAAAAAGAGAAGUACUUCCAAGAAUUCUAAAAUACCUGCAUGUACAAAUGUUUAUUAGCCUGCAAACAAUCUUGAACAUAAGUUAUCAAUCAACGCCCCACUCAUCAAAAAUGAAUUAUAAAAUUUAGUAUAAUGA